AUGAUGUCCAGCACCUCCCCAACCCCCACCCAGAAGCAAACCCUCCUCAUCACCGGCGCCGGCAUCGCCGGCCCCACCCUCUCCCUCACAAUCCUGACCCACCCCCUCCUCAACACCCUCUACGCCCCCAUCCUCUUCGACCGCCUCCCCGCCAACCCCACCGCCACCGGCGCCGCCGUCAUCCUCUCCCCCAACGCCCUCCACCCCCUCUUCCAGCUCGGCCUCCAGCCCGCAAUCCUCACCCACUCCCAAGAGGCCCUCUCCGUCACCAUGUGGCGCUCAAAGUCCCCCGCCACGGCACCAGGGCGGCGUCUCAACGGGAUCACAAACCCCGCCUUCGCCCCAGACCUGGAUACAGGUCUGCGCGCAAUCGAGCGCAGCACGCUCAGCAGGCUGCUGAUCGAGCAGGUCAUCGCCCACGGCGGCGAGGUGGUGUGGGACGCCAAGGUAACAGGCUACGAACAGACGCCCGAGGGCGUCGAGGUGGUGCUCGAAGACGGGUCGCGGCGGGCAGGACACAUGCUCGUCGGCGCUGACGGCGGAUGGUCUACUAUUCGGAAGCAGCUGAUGGGCGGCGACGGGGCGGACUGGAAGCCGGCGUUUGCGGGGGCGUCGGCCGUGUACGGCAUUUCACGGCUGCCAGAGGGGAAGGCGGGGGAGGAGGAUGUUGUAGGGCGCGGGCAUGCGGUGCUGCUGGAUGUUGGCGGGGUCGCGACGUGGGGGUUGCCGGGCGGGAAGGUGUUCUGGUCCGUCAGUGUGCCGGAGGCUGCGCCGCCGGAGGGGAAGGCGGUGACGGAGGUGGAGGGCGAGUAUGGCGUUGUGAACACGGGCGGGUACUCUCUCGAGUCCACCGAGGAGAUACUGAAAAGGUAUGAGAACCUGUGGUUCCCUGUCGUCGGCGAGUGUGGGGCCUUCUUCAAGGACAGCGAACGCAUCGUGAGAGCGCCGCUAUGGCAGCGGGUCUACGGCGAGAAAGACAUCUCGAAUACUGCUGGAAACGUAGUCCUCAUCGGCGACGCCGCACGCAUCAUGGUUCCAACCAGCGGGCAAGGCGCCUGCAUGUCCAUCGAAGACGCCACCGUCCUCGCCAACGCCCUCCUCAACAACGCGCCCACCACCGCGCCCGAACUCAAGCCCGCCUACAGCGCCGCGCUCAGCGAAUAUGUGCACGAGCGGCUGCCGCGCUCCAAGGCCAUUGGGCGGCAGGCGUGGUGGAUGGGUGUCGCAUUUAUGGCGCGCAACUGGUGGUGGCGGUGCGUGCGGGACUGGGUGGUGCGGUGGGUGCCGAUGGACAGGAAGGGGGGGAAGGGUGCUUGUGCGAAGGGUGAGAGUGUGGGUGAGGCGGGGGAAGUGAAGGAGGAGAAGGUGGCUGGGCCUGGGGCCGGAGGGUGGCUGCAUGGUGUGAGGUUGGGGGUGGAGGUGAGGGAGAUGGGGAGGUGUGUGGUUUAG